AAAAAAAAAAAAACACGUUCCUUUUAAGUCCCUCCAUCGGCGCACCGAAACCCUACAACCGAGCCUUCUUCACUUUCCAGGAUUAACAAAAGCAGAAUGCCUUCGAUUGCUUCAUCAAGACAGGACUCGAGAAGAACAACGCAAGGACACUUGGUUAUGGCGGUCUUGCCUUAUCCGAUGAACUCCAGCGCUAUCCAGCCCUCGGUCAAUACCAUCUUGAACCUCGCACGGGGUUGCGAGCAACAUAUAGUCCGGCUCUACUAUCUGCCAACACCCAACACCAAUGGCUUCACCACCUCCCACACCAUUGUCUCGACGCAGGACAGCCGAUACUACGAAGCAACAACCUCUCGCAACAGGAGUUACAGCAUGCCGUAUCGACGAAGUAACAGUCAUGAGCAGGAUGCAAUUGCCAGCGAACAUACUUGCAGGGUCCAUCAAGUGACACGGGUAUCAGAGUCUGAGCGCGGGAUCGUCCACCUGGCUAGGCUGCGCAUCUCGACCAUGAUUAUUGCCACAUCCUCUCUGCCCUAUCUUUCCCAUCUGGUAUCUUUGCGCUUGCAGGGCAAUCAGCUCAAAGACCUGCCACUGCAAAUCUUUCGACUUCCUGCGCUCCGCGAACUCGAUGUCUCCCAGAACUUCUUGACGGAGAUCUCGCCCCUGAUCGGCUUGCUGGCACCCACACUUGAGGAGCUCUUCUUACAAUCCAAUCGCCUCAAAAGUCUUCCACAGCAACUUGGACGAUUGAAACAACUUCGACUGCUGGAUAUCGCGGAUAACCAUCUUGGAUGUAUUCCUGUGGAGAUUCAGCGACUUGUAUCAGAGUCACUCGCUUUCGAGAGGGGGAGUCUUUGGCGCUUGAGCGAAACAGCGCUAUCGCUGGGUAAUGGACUUGAGGUGCAGGCUGGUGGCGAAGGAUCACACAACCCUCAGGGCCCAAUGGAGUCUUUGUUCACCACAGCGCCGGGACAAGGUGCUCCUAAUAUUACGCCAAACGAAGACGGAGGUCAUGAUGAUGAUGAUUAUGUUCAAAUACGCCAGGGGAUGAAGUGCUGGGCUCGAGGUCAAGGUCCCACGGGCCUCUGCACCACAGUCACCAAUUACAGCAACGACGUCCAUGUUGAUGGCAGGACUAGGAUCGCCUUCGGCAUUGAUGGCGUCCGCUCCGCUUUCACCAACGACCGCGGCGAAUUCAAUAUCUCCAUCUGGACAAUUGGGAGAGCCAGUACCGCCACCAUCAAUUAUACCAAUGCCAUCAUUGGGGUCGCUUUCACUAUCAAGUGA